AAGUUAUAGCUUCAGUCACCAGAAGCUGGUCCUUCCAUGAAAGUGGCAGCCUUACGUACACUGUCAUAUACUCUAAAAACACUGGGUGAGGUCCCAUCUGAAUUUAAGGAAGUUCUUGACAACACUGUAGUUGCAGCAGUGUCGCAUUCUUCGAAGCUGGUUCGGAUUGAGGCUGCUUUGGCAUUACGUUCAUUGGCUGAAGUUGAUCCAACUUGUGUUGGUGGUUUAACUUCAUACGGGGUGACCAAUCUUACUGCUUUAAGAGAGAGUGUUUCUUUUGAAAAGGGAAGCAAUUUACAGUUUGAGCUCGAUUCUUUGCAUGGACAGGCUACUGUCUUGGCAGCUUUAGUGUCUAUUUCACCAAAAUUACCUCUUGGUUACCCAGCAAGGCUUCCCAGAUUAGUGUUUGGAGUUUCAAAGAAAAUGCUGACAGAACAUAGUCGCAAUCCUGUGGCAGCCACAGUUGAAAAAGAAGCUGGAUGGUUGCUUUUAUCAUCUUUAUUGGCUUCUUUACCAAAGGAGGAGCUUGAAGAGGAUGUCUUUGAUAUUCUUGCCUUAUGGGCUACUCUCUUUGCUGAGAAUCCAGAAAAUGAAAUUAAGAAAACUGAAGAUUUAAUGUCAAGAAUUUAUGUAUGGUCUGCAGCUGUUCAUGCACUCACAGCAUUUAUAAAAUGCUUUAUAUCUCCUAAUGUUGUGAAUGAUGGAGUUCUACUUCAACCAGUUCUUGUAUACCUUAGUAGUGCAUUAACAUACAUAUCAACAUUAAGAACCAAGGAACUAGCACAUGUAAAGCCGGCAGUGGACAUCUUCAUCAUCAGAACUUUAAUAGCUUACCGAUCUCUUCCUGAUCCAGUGUCAUUUGAAAGUGACCAUCCUCAAAUUAUUCAAUUAUGUACAUUUCCAUUCAGGUUUGCUUCAGAAUGCGAAGAAAGUUCGUGCUUGAGGUUGCUGUUAGACAAGAGAGAUGCAUGGUUGGGUCCAUGGAUUCCUGGAAGGGAUUGGUUUGAAGAUGAGCUUCGAGCUUUUCAAGGUGGAAAAGAUGGCCUUAUGCCUUGUGUAUGGGAGAAUGAAAUUUCUAGCUUUCCUCAGCCGGAGACAAUAAGCAAGUGUUUGGUGAAUCAGAUGCUUCUUUUCUUGGGGAUCUUAUUUGCUUCUCAGGAUAAUGGUGGUAUGCUGUCCCUUCUUGGCAUUAUUGAGCAGUGUCUGAAAGCUGGGAAAAAACAACACUGGCGUGCAGCUAAUAUCACCAAUAUUUGUGUGGGCUUACUUGCAGGCUUUAAGACUUUGCUUUCGUUUCGACCCCAAACAUUAGGACAAGAGAUUCUGGGUUUGGCACAAUCUAUUUUUCAGAGUAUUUUGGCGGAGGGAGACAUUUGUGCAUCACAGCGUAGAGCAGCGUCAGAAGGACUUGGAUAUUUAGCUCGAUUUGGAAAUGAUAUAUUCACUGCAAGAAUGACUAGAUCACUACUUGGUGACCUAAAUGGAGCAACCGAUUCCAACUAUGCUGGAUCAAUUGCAUUGGCGCUUGGCUGCAUUCAUCGCAGUGCAGGAGGAAUUGCAUUGUCAACUUUAGUGCCUGCAACAGUGAGCUCUAUCUCCUCACUGGCUAAAAGUUUGGUAGCUAAUCUGCAGAUCUGGUCUAUGCACGGGCUUCUUUUAACUAUUGAAGCUGCUGGCUUGUCCUUUGUUUCCCAUGUCCAGGCAACCCUUGGUCUUGCUAUGGAUAUUCUCUUAUCUGAUGAGAAUGGUUUAGUAAACAUUCAGCAGGGAGUUGGCCGCCUUAUAAAUGCUAUAGUUACUGUUCUUGGUCCUGAGCUUGCCCCAGGAAGCAUUUUUUUCUCACGCUCCAAGUCUGCCAUUGCUGAGAUAAGCUGCUGGCAAGAAACUUCAACAAUGCUUGAGAGUGCACGCUUUACGCAACAACUUGUUCUUUUCGCACCACAAGCCGUUUCUGUGCACUCCCAUGUUCAGACUCUUCUCUCUACUUUGUCAUCAGGACAGCCAACUUUACGGCAUCUUGCUGUGUCUACUUUAAGGCAUCUAAUUGAGAAAGAUCCGGCUUCAGUUAUUGUUGAGCAGAUUGAAGAUAACUUAUUCUUUAUGCUGGAUGAGGAAACUGAUACUGAAAUUGGUAACUUAGUUCAAACAACAAUUAUGCGAUUACUCUAUGCGUCAUGUCCUUCAUGUCCUUCACAUUGGAUAUCAGUAUGUCGCAAAGUGGUCCUUGCGACGUCAAUGAGGAACGUCGAAAAUAAUAAUGUUGCAGCAAAUGAUAACUCAGAUGGUGAUACAAGGUUGAACCUUGGGGAUGACGAAAAUAUGGUUUCUAGCUCCAACAGCGUGCAGAGUUACAAGUUUCAAGCUUCCAUAGGUUCUGCUAAUAGAGAGAAGUACCUCAGAUAUCGAACCAGACUUUUUGCUGCUGAAUGUUUAAGCCAUCUACCAGAUGCUGUAGGAGGAAAUCCUGCACAUUUUGACCUCUUUUUGGCAAGGAAAGAACAUGGAAGUGGACAGGCCAAGUGUGAUUGGCUAGUUCUCCACUUGCAAGAGUUAAUAUCACUUGCUUAUCAGAUAAGCACGAUUCAAUUUGAGAACAUGCAGCCAGUAGGCGUGUGUCUUCUUGGCACCAUUGUGGACAAGUUUGAAAAAGUAGCUGACCCUGAGCUUCCUGGGCAUCUUCUCCUAGAACAGUAUCAGGCCCAGCUAGUCUCUGCAGUUCGCACCACCUUGGACACAUCUUCUAGUCCUAGCUUAUUGGAGGCAGGCUUGCACUUGGCUACCAAGAUACUGACUAGUGGAAUAAUCAGUGGAGAUCAAGUGGUGGUCAGGCGCAUAUUCUCAUUAAUUUCACGCCCAUUGAAUGACUUUGAGAACAUUUAUUAUCCUUCAUUUGCAGAAUGGGUAACAAGCAAGAUCAAAAUACGACUUCUGGCUGCUCAUGCUUCGCUCAAGUGUUAUAUAUAUGCAUCCAUGAGGAAGCACCAAGAUGGAGUACCAGAUGAGUACCUGGCAUUAUUACCAUUGUUCCAAAAGAGCUCAAGUAUUCUGGGGAAGUACUGGAUCCAUACAUUAAAGGAUUAUAGUUAUAUAUGCUUGUGCCUGGGCCCAAAGAGGAAGUGGAAUCUUUUCCUUGAUGGACUCCAAUCACCUAUUGUUUCUUCAAAGUUGCAUCCCUGCUUAGAUGAAUCUUGGCCUGUAAUUUUGCAAGCACUUGCACUUGAUGCAGUUCCUGUGAAUUCUGAAGUAAAUGAUUGCCCCAAAGCCCCAGUCGAAAACAACCAAAAAGACAGUGUCUCUACAUGUCAAUGCAGCAUGGUUGAAUUGAAGUGUGAAGAUUUUAAGUUCCUGUGGGGCUUUUCCCUUCUUGGUCUGUUUCAGUCACAACAUCCUAUCCUUUGCAGACCAAUUAUACAGCUGGCCUUCGUUAAUGCUAAGCAUGGUGGGAACUUGCCAAAUAAUGAAGUGAAACCCUCAGGCUUGAAAUUAUAUGAAAUUGUACUACCUAUGUUUCAAUAUCUUGCUACUGAAAGAUUUUUUGGAACGGGAUUGCUUACCAUGGAUAUAUGCCAAGAACUGCUGCAGAUUCUUUCAUAUUCCACAUACAUGGAUAAUGCUUGGAAUAGUCUCGCGAUAUCUAUUUUAUCACAGGUUGCACAGAAUUGCCCACCAGAAAAUUUUAAUACUGAAAAUUUUGCUUUGAUAGCAAUGGAACUUUGUUUAGGCUACCUUUUUAAAGUGUUUCGGAGCACUGACACAAUUUCAGCGUCUCUUCCGAACUACGAUGUAAAUGUGAUACAUACACUAUGUAGCACAGUAAAGGCAGUGAUUAACCGCAUUGAGACCAAGAUGCUUAAGCAUUCAAAAUCAGUGGUUCUGGCAUUAGUUUUAAUUGGCUACGAGUGCAUUAGAGAGGCUUCAACUGAAGUGUGCUUAUCAGAAGCCAUUGACAUGGUCAACUGUACAAGCCCUUUAUUAAAGAGAAUCAUUGAUGAAGAGGCUGAGCUUGAUGGUAGCAUUCUACCACUAAGAGAAGUGUUCCGGACUUGUCUGAGCAUAGUUGCUGCUCUGACUAAGGAUUGCAUUGAGGGAUUCCAUUUGCAGGAGGUUAAAAGUUUCAACCAACGCAAGCUAAUACAUACAAAGCUUGCAUUUGCUCUUGAACAAAUUAUUUCAAUUGCCAAACUGGCUCUUGAAAUUAAAUAUGUUGAAGAUUGUGAUGGAAGCAACUCUAUUUGUGUUAGUGCACUGAGAUACUGCAUUCGAUGCAUGCAAACUGUACUUAGUGAUUCAAAUAUUCAGGUUCAAGUAAUAGGCUUGCAAUUUCUUAAAGCCAGGAUACAGAAAGUUGUAAAUGCAGAAGAUACUUCUUUCUUAAUGUUUCUUGCUGGGGAGCUAAUUACCGAUAUUUUCACUUUGAUCCACAAAAUGUUGAAGCAGAAUACUAUAACAAGAGACUCGGUAACCAUUGUUAGUGAAUGCUUGAGUCUCAUGGUGCUUUUACAAACCCAGUCAAAAGGUAAUGACUGCCAGAGAAGUUUUAUGCACCUGCUUCUGGAGGCCAUUGUCAUGAUUUUCUUGUCAACAGGAGAUGGGUUCUCUCAGGAAGUCAGUGAUUUAAGAAGCACAGCCAUUAAGCUUGUUUCACGCCUUGCUCAAAUCCCUUCAUCAGCAAUUCAUUUCAAGGAUGUUUUACUAUCAAUACCUCCUAUGCACCGCCAGCAGCUUCAGGGUGUAAUCCGAGCUUCUGUAACACAUGAUAAAAAUCCAACAGAACUAAAAGUACCAGUUUUGGACAUAAAAUUACCGAAGCCAUCAGGAGGAACUGAAGAGAAACAUUCUGCAUCGUCAGCUGCUGUGAUGCAAAGAGAUGAAAAUAACAAGGAAGAAGAUGAAGUCAGUGAAGAUGAUUGGGAUGCUUUUCAGUCUUUUCCUGUCUCUAAAAAUGAGGAUGAUGAUGAAUCAAAAGCAGAGUAUGUUUCUGAAAGCAAAGAUCUUAGCCAUGUUGAAAGAUCAUCAGAUAUGGACGGUUCUGUUGGAGGUGUUGAGUCUCAAGAAUACUCUAUUCCCAAAUCCAUCAAUAGUGGAAAGGAGCAGAAAGGUGGUGAAUGCCUGGAGGCUGCCGAAGAGAAACAUGAUCAAACUAAUUGUUGUGCUAACGAGCCUCAUGAUAAUGAGCAUCAAGAGAUGGAGGAAGGACGGCAAAGCUCUGGGCUUCAAGAAGAGGCGAUAUCAGAUAUAGGCGGUUCUGUUGAGCUGAAAGGUGAUGAAUGUCUGGAAGCUGUGGAAGAGAAACAUGAUCAAACUAAUUGUGGUUCUAACAAGCCUCAUGAUAAUGAGAAUCAAGAGAUGGAGGAAGGAAUGCAAAGCUCUGGGCUUCAAGAAGAGUUGACAUCAGAUAUGGGCAGUUCUGUUGAGCUGAAAGGUGAUGAAUGUCUGGAAGCUGUGGAAGAGAAACAUGAUCAAACUAAUUGUGGUUCUAACAAGCCUCAUGAUAAUGAGAAUCAAGAGAUGGAGGAAGGAAUGCAAAGCUCUGGGCUUCAAGAAGAGUUGACAUCAGAUAUGGGCAGUUCUGUUGAGCUGAAAGGUGAUGAAUGUCUGGAAGCUGUCAAAGAGAAACAUGAUCAAACUAAUCGUGGUCCUAACAAGCCUCAUGAUAAUGAGCAUCAAGAGAUGGAGGAAGGACUGCAAAGCUCUGGGCUUCAAGAAGAGGUGACAUCAGAUAUGGGCGGUUCUGUUGAGCUGAAAGGUGAUGAAAGUCUGGAAGCUGUGGAAGAGAAACAUGAUCAAAAUAAUCGUGGUUCUAACAAGCCUCAUGAUAAUGAGCAUCAAGAGAUGGAGGAAGGACUGCAAAGCUCUGGGCUUCAAGAAGAGGAGACGUCAGAUAUGGACUGUUCUGUUGGAAAUGUGGAGUUUCAAGAAUGUUCUAUUUCCAAAUCCACCAAUAGUGGAAAGGAUCUGAAAGAUGAUGAAUGUCUGGAGGCUGUUGAAGAGAAACAUGAUCGAAGUUAUCAUGGUUCUAACAAUCCUCAUGAUAAUGACCAUCAAGAGAUGGAGGAAGAGUUGCAAAGCUCUGGGCUGCAAGAAGAGGCGACAUCAAUCACAGGAAAUAAUCUAGUUUCUUGUGAUCAUAAACCUGAGGUAGAAGCUGAAGGGUCGAUUAAAGAAGAUUUAGUACAGAUGCCUGAACAAGUAGUAUCAGAUUCCCUGACACUUAAACAGGGUUUUUGUGAAUCAGGUAAUAAUGAACAGUUUAACAGAUGUGAUGAAAAUGCUAAGAAAAACAGUAGAAAUGAAAACAAGAGUCAUGAACCGCAGCAAGGAAUGUCUGGAAGUCCAGUAGAAAGUGAACAUACUAGUACAAAAUUAGAACCAUUUGCUGAAGACCAUAAAGAGUAAGAUAUAUUUGUCAAUUGAAGGGCGUCGUAAGAUGUAGCAAUUAUUACUCCCAUUGCAUGAAAAUCGCAUAAAAAUAUCUUAUUUUGAAGCAUUGUAAAGCUCUAUCAUCCAUUAGAGCCAUUUUUUCCAUUCCAACCUAAUGUAUUAUUUGUUGCAUCUACUAUUAUUUUUAUAACCUCACAAUCGUUGGUCAGGUUGACUUGUUUUGUUCUUACGUCGGGUUUCUAAUUCCCAAAGCUAUAUAGUUCUAUGA